AUGAAAAAAGGAAAGUCUGUGGUAACUAUUGGAUCAUUUGGAAUGGAAAGUGAAAAAAAUGCAAUUGAAAGACAUCGGAAUGAACAAGGCUUAGGAUGGAUUAUAACAAGUUUUUUUGUCGUCGGUGAUUUAGCUGGUGGCGGUAUUGUCGCUUUACCAGCAGCUAUUGUGCAAACAAAUUUUUGGCCUGGAUUAAUAAUGAAUACAAUGAUGGCUUUAGCAAUGACAUAUACAGCGCAUAUGUUGGGCCUUGGCUGGGCUAUUUUGCAGCGCAGAUGGCCAGAAUAUAGGGAACAUUGUCGAAAGCCAUAUGCUGAAAUGGGUGCACGAGCAAUGGGUAGCACUGUAAAGCAUGUAGUAUCAGUAUGCAUUGACAUAACACAAUUUGGUAUCGCUGUUGUUUACCUGAUAUUAUCAGCUAAAAAUAUAAGCGAUUUUAUUGAUGCAUUCUUCAAAAUUGAAAUAUCAUUUUGCUAUGUGAUAUUAGCAGUUGGUAUUUGCCUUCUACCUGUUACAUUCCUAAAAUCUCCACAAGAUUUCUGGUGGGCUAUAAUAUUAGCAAUGAUUACAACAGCUGCUGCACUAAUAAUGGUUAUGAUUGGCGCUGUAAUGGAUUAUUCCACUUGCGCUCCGGAAAGAGAAAUAAAUAAUAAUUUCUUGCCAACAAAUUAUUUCCUUGCACUCGGAACAAUUUUAUUUUCAUAUGGUGGACAUGCUGCAUUUCCAACCAUUCUUCAUGAUAUGCGGAAACCGUAUCAUUUUACACGAUCAUCCGUAAUGGCAUUUCUUAUUGUGUAUUUGCUUUACACGCCAGUUUGCGUUCUGGCUUACAUGACGUAUGGUAAUUCAUUACGUGAAUCGAUUCUUAAUUCCGUUCAAAAUACAGCACUACAGCAAGGCGCAAAUAUUUUAAUAACGCUUCAUUGCAUACUUACACUUACCAUUGUCUUUAAUCCUCUCAAUCAGGAAGCUGAGGAAAUUUUUAGCGUCCCACAUCAUUUUUGUUGGCAAAGAGUAUUGGUUCGAACUGGAGUGAUGUUAACAGUGGUUUUUGUUGCAGAAAGUGUACCUUCAUUUGGACCUGUAUUAGGUUUAGUAGGUAGUUCAACCUUAACUCUUACUGCACUCAUUUUCCCAUGUCUCUUCUACCUGUAUUUAACAGUUGGCGAUGAAAUAGCUGAAGAAAAAGGAAAGAAAAAACCAGAUGAGAUACCUUCUUUAGCUGAAGUUUUAUUACGAUCACCCAGACGGCGUUUAAUUAUUUGUUCAUUAAUUAUUGUAAGCGGAUUGAUCGGUGGUUGUUUGGCAACUUAUACAUCACUUAAAGAAUUGGCGACAACACGUUUCACUGCGCCAUGCUACAUUCAACCAUUUGUCUCGUCGACCGAUUCAAAAGGUUCCGAUGGUUACCUGAACUGUUGUGGUGUUUGGCAGAAUAUUUCACGAUUAGGUGACAAUUCUGACUGUAAUCCAUAUUUGGAUUUCUAUAGUGGGAAAUGA